UCCUGGCCCAACUGCUGCUGCUGUGCCCUUUUUGGGGUUGGGUGUCCUGUGAAGGGCUCAAGGAAGUUGGAAUUCAGGGCCCAGGGAUACAUUGACAAUGAGCUCUUCCUGCGCUAUGAUGGUGAGAGGACAAGAACAGAGCCCUGCGGGCCGAGGAUCAAGGGACAAGGAGGAGCUGAGAUGUGGACAAGAGAGACUGAGGACAUUCAGGAGAAGGAGGAGCAACUCAGGAGGAUGCUGAGUGAUGUCAUGACCCAGAAGGGCCAGCAUGGAGGCAUUCACACCCUUCAGGAAACUUUUGGCUGUGAAACCCAAGGAAACAACACUGGAGGCUUCUGGCGCUUGGGCUAUGAUGGCCAAGACUUCCUCUCCUUUGACCAGAAGAGCCAAACAUGGAAAGUGUCUGUGCCUUCAGCACAUUCAUCCAAGACAUUCUGGGAGAGACAUGGCCCCAGUAUGGAACAAGUUAAGACUUUUCUGAAUGACAUAUGUCCUGACCGUCUCCAGAGAUAUUCCAUUUAUUUGGGGAACCAAUUGAUGGAUACAGGUCCCCCACAGGUGACAAUCUCCAGAAGGCCAUAUCCAGUGGGCAGGAUCACCCUGACAUGCUGGGCUUUUAAUCUGUAUCCUCAUGAGGCUACCUUGGCCUGGCUUAGGGAUGGGAAGCCAGUACAGCAGCAUACCUUUGGGCCUGGGACCAUCCUGCCCAGCGGAGAUGGGACCCACCAGACCUGGGUGUCUAUUUGGGUUCUUCCUGGACAGGAACCACACUUCACCUGCCGCCUGAGAUAUCAUAGCAAGACCAUUGAUGUCCCUACUGCCCUUGGACCUCAAGCCUGGAAAACCGGUGGAACCACCAGCUCAGCUUCUGCUCUUGUGGCUUCUGCUUUUCCUGCCAUGUUGGUAUUUCUAGCCCGGGCCUAGAGCAGCAAGAACACACAGGACAGCAAGAGACCAGAUUCCACUGAACCGGAGGCGGGUCCCCAGGUGCUACUGCAGCCUCUGGCUCCCUCACCACCUCCCAGCAGUCGUAUGCG